AUGAACGUAGCUUUUGUAAUUGACACCUCUCCCUCAAUGCAGCAAAGAACCUCUCAAGGCGCAAGUUAUUUAGACUGCGCCAAAGCUGCUGUCGAGCAUGCUGUAAAAAUUCGUCAGCGUUCAGGAUAUGAUAGUUCGGGUGAUAAAUAUCAUCUUAUAGUCACUGAUUAUGAGUUCUCUAUUCGUUCGACUUGGGAGCAUGAAUUCUUGCAUUUUUCUAAAUCUCUAUCAAAUAUUUGUCGGUCUACUUAUUCUAUUACUCUGAAUCAAGCUAUCGCUAUAGCUUUUAAACAAAUCAAUAUGUUCCGCCAUGCAACAUCCACAGAUACUUAUGGGUAUGGAAGAAAUCCGAACAAAAUGGAACCUGGGGCUAUAAUCGUGAUUACAGAUAAUCAAUGUGAAAAAGCUAAUGCAAAUGACUGGAAAUUGAAAGAGUCAAGUGAAUACUCAACUGAUGUAUGAAGAUAUGACCAAAGAAUUUUUGUAAUUCAUAUGCAAACUGAAAAUUAUCAAGCUAAAAACACUCAAAAAAUACAAGAUUUAGCUGAGUCAACAGGUGGAAGCUAUUUUGAAUGUUUUAGUUUCAAACACGCCCUAAAUAUUAUUGAAAAAAUUGUGAAUUAUUUAAAUAAUUCUGUAUUCACUUCAAGCUUAGAAGGAGAUGAUCGACCCUCAAUCCCAUUGAUUUUAAUAGUAGAAAGAAAAACCAGAAGCAGCUUUUGGCCGAUUCCGGAAGAAUUCACUCAUUUUGCCCAUGGUUUGCAGCCUAGAAAAUCUAACCCAAUACUCCGUUAUAAGCAAAAUCAAGUCUAUUCCAACUUUAAAAUCCCCCAAGAUUUCCCUUAUGAUUAUUAUGAAAUUAUACGAACUAAAAAAUUUGAAGAAUCUUUAGCAUUUUAUUACCCAACCAGACCAGCAUUUUUGCCAAUUUAUAUGCAAGGCCAUAUACAACCAUUUGCUAUGCUUGCAUUAGAAGAAGGAGGAGGAGCUAAAUUGCUUGUUUUAUGUUACAAUUUUAUUGAAUUGUGGGAAUGUCUUGAAUUUUAUAGAAAUCCGCUUGCAGCAAAAUCUGAUAAGUCAAGAUAUUAUGAAGAAAAAUUAGCUAAUUAUUUAUUGGAGUUGCCUGUGUAUUAUCAUUACUUAUUACCAAAAGCAAUAACUCCCUGCCUGGAGCGAGUAAGCAAUUAGAAAAUCUACUUUUUCUGGACAAAAAUCAUGUGAGCAAAAAUUUUGCUAAUAUUAGAGUUUUUAAUAUAAUAAUAUUUUGAUAUGUAAGCAAUGAUUACUAAAAUUAAAUCUCUAGCCAAUCAUAUUGCAUUUUAAACAGCUUACAUUCUUAUAAUAAAUAUUAUUAAUUUUUUUUUAAAUUUUAAUAUUUUUUAUUGAGAUUUUCAGACCCUCUAUGUGAGCAAGCAAAAAAGUUUGCCUACUUAAAUUAGGAGAUAGUAAGAAAAAUGAAAUUAUUUUUACCUGGAGCCUUAAAAUUACCAAAUCAGAUUGGAUUAUCGCCUGAAGUUAACCAAAAAUUAAAAAAUUUAAAAGAACAAGAAACAAGUCUUAAAAAUGAAGUCGAUCAAAUCGCUAAUAUGCUUGCUGAGCAGCAUAUUUCAGGCAGAGCUGUGUGUUGCCAAUUGUACAAGCAUCAUCUUUACUGUGAUAUUUUCAAAAUUCCCCGUGAAAACGUAAAAGCUGCGAUUUCUACUAUGGCGACACAAUUUUUUGGCGAUGCAGAGAAGCAUGAUGUUCCAAUUUCUAAAAUGGGAGAUUUUCAUACCGUUCUUAGCAAUUUGCCUAACUCCCCCCCGUGAGCCAACAAAACCAUUAAAAAAAAUCGCUAUUUUUUGCCCAAAAAACCAUCCUUUGUGAGCGAACAAACAUUUUUUAUGGAAAAAAAUUUGAUAUAUAAGUGAUAAUUAGUAUAAUGAAAUCUAUAUCCAGUUCAGUUUAAUUUUUAACAAAUUGCGUUUUAAAAAAUAAACUUGACAAAUUAAAUUAAUAUUUGCUUUCCAAUUUUUGCGAAUUCUAUAAAAAUUUAUAUAUAAAUGUUUUUAAAAAAAAAAAAUCAACCCCUUCCGUGAGCGAACAAGAUUUUUUUGUUCGCUCACAGAGGGGGGGAGUAAGCAUCGAAAUGCUUAUCUAGAGCCAGAAAGCCAUAAAAUGAUACCAAUUAACUUUGGAAAUCCUUUUAAAGCUUUAAGCACAGGCGAUAACGAAAAGGAUAGUGACGAUCCUAAUAUUUCUAUCCCAAGCCACACUCCAGAAAAAUCACCUCAGCCUAAAGUCCAAAUGAUUUAUUUACCUGUCAAAAGACCUAGAGGAUUCAAAGCUCAACUAGACCAAUACAAAUUUUUAAAAAGGAGUGGAAAACGUAAGAAUUAUUUAGUGCUUUUACAAGCAAUUGCAUAUCUACGACAAAGAGGACCCAGCUCAGAUGAAAAAUUGAUUACUUUAUUGAGGAGCACUAUUAGCAAAGUCUAUAAGAAAAAAUCAACGAAUACUAUUAAUGCGUAUACGCAGGAUAAAGUUAUAUUUUUAGAUGCAAUUAGUACACAUGCGAAAGAAUACAAAAAAACACACUUGAUUGCUUAUAUUGAAGGACUGAAAACCUCACUUCUAAGUGCAAAUCAGCAAUAA